AUGGAUAGAGCCGCUAGAAGGACAAACGCGAGAGAGUGCAUCAGUGUGCACUUGGGCCAGGCCGGGGUUCAGAUCGGAAACGCCUGUUGGGAGUUGUACUGCCUGGAGCACGGGAUCAAUCCGGACGGCCAGAUGACCUCGGAUCAGAGGCAGGGAUUCGAUUCCUUUUCCACUUUCUUUAACGAAACCGGAGCUGGAAAGCAUGUUCCCAGAGCAGUUUUUGUCGAUUUGGAGCCAACCGUCAUCGAUGAAAUCCGAUCUGGAACCUACAAGAACCUCUUCCACCCUGAGCAGAUGAUAAAUGGAAAGGAAGAUGCUGCGAAUAACUACGCCAGAGGGCACUACAGCGUAGGAAAGGAGCUGAUCGAUCUGGUACUGGAGAGGAUCAGGAAGUUGGCCGAGCACUGCACUGGCUUGCAGGGCUUCCUGGUUUUCCACAGUUUCGGGGGUGGUACAGGGUCAGGGUUCACCUCCCUCCUAAUGGAGAGACUCAGCGUGGAGUACGCCAAGAAAUCGAAAUUGGAGUUCUCGGUGUACCCGGCUCCAAGGGUGUCGACUGCCGUGGUCGAGCCCUACAACUCCAUCCUCACCACGCACACCACCCUCGAGCACUCCGACUGCUCUUUCAUGGUCGACAACGAGGCAAUCUUCGACAUCUGCUGCCGAAAUCUGGACAUCGAGAGGCCAACCUACAGCAAUUUAAACAGACUCAUAGCUCAGGUUGUCAGUUCAAUCACCGCCUCGCUGAGGUUCGACGGGGCGUUGAACGUCGACCUAACUGAAUUUCAGACGAAUUUGGUCCCCUACCCGCGCAUCCACUUCCCUCUGACGACGUACGCUCCUGUCCUGUCGGCUGCCAAGGCCUUCCACGAACAGAACACCGUGCAAGAAAUGACUGCUGCCUGCUUCGAGCCUCAAAACCAGAUGGUGAAAUGCGACCCCAGGAACGGUAAGUACAUGGCUUGCUGCCUCUUGUACAGGGGGGACGUGGUCCCUAAGGAUGUCAACAACGCCAUCGCCACUAUCAAAACCAAAAAAAACAUCCACUUCGUGGAUUGGUGCCCCACUGGAUUCAAGGUGGGCAUCAACUACAGGCCCCCAACGGUCAUCCCGGGUGGGGACCUGGCCAAAGUGGAGAGAGCCGUCUGCAUGUUGAGCAACACGACAGCGGUUGCAGAGGCCUGGGCCAGGUUGGACCACAAAUUCGAUCUGCUCUUUUCGAAACGGGCCUUCGUACACUGGUACGUUGGAGAGGGGAUGGAAGAGGGCGAGUUUGCAGAGGCCAGGGAAGAUUUGGCCGCCCUCGAGAAGGAUUACGAAGAAGUGGGCAUCGAUUCCGUGAACACUGCUGGGGAAAAUGGAUCCUCUGAUGAACAUUAAAAUUCAAUCCACCGUUUAUUCCAAACUAGUUUAGUGUCAUAUUAAUUAAUUAGUUAAUUAAUUAAUUUAAUAACUAAUUAAUUGUUUAAUUAAUUGUUUAAUUGAUAAUUUGUAGAUUUCAUAUUUAAUUUGUCAAGUAAAAAGUAAAAAUGAGUUAGAACUUUAAAAAAGCCAACCAGCAGAAAAUAUUUUCUUCCUAUCGAAUGCUUAUAAAAUACGAACUCUGUAUACAUCAAGAAAUAGCACGCAUUUAUUUCAAGAGCUUAUUGUUUUAAAACAUUCCAGUUUAAUCAACCAAUUAAUCAAUUAAUUGAGUGAUUAGUUAGUCAGUUAAUUAAUUAAUUAAUUAAGUAAGUAAUUAACUAAAAUGUAAUUAAAUGUAUCUGCCUCUUUCAAUUUAUUCCUUUCAAUUUAUCAAAAGUUGCCUAUUGUGAUUUGUUGCAUUUGUACCUAUAUGAAUGAAUCAGUUAAAUUUUAUAUUUAAUUAUUAUUAAUUUUAUAUUUAAUUAUUAUUAACUAUAAUUAGUCAUGCUUACAGACCUCUAUAGAAUCAACGCUUUGCUCGUUCAUCGUUCGUUCUUCUUGAUUGAUUGAAUCAAAUAAAUAUUAUCUUUUGUGUGUGUGCGCGCGUGUGUGCGUGUGUGUGCGUGUGUGUGCAGUGCAUGUGUUCAUUCUUUCCAACUUUUCAGUUUUUUUUAAAGAAUUUUUUUUUUAUUUUACAAUCUUAUUUUUUCGUGUCGCUAUUGUAUUCCCAGCUCGCUAUAUGAUACUCUCAUUUGAUUGGCUACCGUCUUCAUCAUCGUCGUCGUCGUCAUCAUUGUAAAUAAAUAAAUUUUGAGAAUAAUUUUUGAUAGUUGUGAAGAAUUAUGAGAAAAUAAAUUAUAAUGAUC